UCUGAGUUGAGUUAUGUAACGGGUUAUUCCUGUCUCUCUUUGCGUCAUUAUUUCCCCACUUUCCGCCCACUUUUUACGGUUCCAGUCAGACCUUUGGGGUUUUUCCGCGACUUGAUUGGUCGGUCAGGUCCUCUGAACUGCGCGGCCGUUGAGGGCUGCUGAAUAAAACUCAGAGGCAUGCCUGUCAGCGCUAAACCGCUCUGAACCCAGACGCACAGCAGCUUGGUGGUUUAUUUCAUCGUUCCAGCAUGUCCUCAGACAUUAACACGGACUUGGAGUUGGAGCUGGGUGAGUUGUUGCAGGAGUUCCAGGAUGUUGUGGAGGAGCUAAAGGCCCCUGCGCAAAGCAAAUGUCACGUUUACCAGCAUGUACUGCAUGAGGCCAAGAGCCGCACGGGCCAGGGGGACGACAGUGGAGUGGAAGAUUCUGAUUACAGCAGUGAAGCUUCUAUGGGAAACAGUUUGAAUACCAGUGAAGAGGAGCUUCACACAGCGGGCAUAACGCUGGCACCGAAAGCCAAGCUGGGAGACACAAAAGAACUGGAGAGUUUUAUCGACAUGUUGGACAGAGAACUCGCCGAGAUGUGAACAGAGAGAAAGAGGGUGAGCCAAAGAAGACAAGGAGAGAUCUAUGCCUUUGAAGGGGGUCUGAAGGAGCAAAUGCAUCCCUUGCCGCUUCAGGGAAAAAAGGUUAACUUCAAAAAUUAAAAGGGCACUCCAUUUUGAAAUGCAAGAACACCCACACACCCCCCUGGCAACGCUGCACCCACCCUGCAAAAUGCCUGAACCAUUAGGUCCAAGAUUCGGACAUAUUCUUGAAAAGAAACAAAGCUUCCGUCUGUGCAGGCACAUGAUGUAACACAGCCUGUAGUACAGAGAACCUGUUUAUUCCCCAUUUAAAGUGUUACGGCACUAAAAGGGCUAUAAAACCUUAUUGCCAAAUAUUUCUAAGGCCAAGACUUCAGAUCUGUUGUGAGUCAUCAAAUGCCACUUAUGUGCUCUCAUUUUGUGUACAAAUAUUGUUGAUAUUCCUUUUUUGUAAACAUUGUUGUACAUAUGAAUAAAUAAAACAAAAUUGAUAUCGU